UUUUUCCAAUUUCAACCCCUCCACAGCCCGCAUGGCGCACGCGCACGAGUCGCUCGAGUCGCUUCCACCGGCUCGUCGCACUGCGGCGGUCUUGGCCUUACCUGGGAAUACCUCCUGCUUUGAUUGCGACAUGAGUUGCAGCAUGGACCCUUGGGUCUCCCUGAGUCAUUCCUCGGUGAUUUGCAUCACCUGCGCCGGACAGCACCGCUCCUUCGGCGUGCACAUAUCCUACGUCCGAUCCAUGAAGCUGGACACCUUGAAGGACUCCGAAUGGCGCUUGCUCCUCAAGGGCGGCAACGACGCCUUCCAGGCCUUCCUGGCGGACACGCAGAGCGUCUCCCGAAAGGUUUGGCUCUCCUUGCCCAUGGAGACCCGUUAUCACACGCCAGCCGCAGAUCUGUACAGGCGGCGGUUGCAAGCGAUGACGGACGGGAACGAUCUUCCAGAGGAGCUCCGUCCAGCCACCGUUUUGCGAAGAAAGUGACGCGUUUCUGACUGGUGCUUAGUAAAGAAUGA